AUGGCUCCAGAUCCGGAUUUGCCCGGCUGCGAGCAGGCGGAGCCGCCCGACGAGGUGGACGACCCCGACGUCGAGGUCGACCCCACCGGCCGCUACUUCCGGUACAAGGAGGUCUUGGGAUCAGGGGCCUUGAAGACAGUGUACCUCCCUUCCCUCUCCUCUGCUGUUUAUGCAGUAAUUCAGUAG